GACGAAGAAGAAUAAUAACAACAGGAUACCAACAUGGCUGCCGACAGUGAUCCCGAGACGGAAGUGUUUGAGAUCACAGAUUUCACCACCGCCUCGGAGUGGGAACGGUUUGUGUCCAGGGUGGAGGAGGUCUUAAAUGACUGGAAGCUGAUCGGGAACUCCGCAGGGAGGUCAUCUCCAGAGAAGGGUGAUUACACCACAGGCACCUGGCUGGAGAAGUCCCAGGAAAUAAACUUUGCAGAUUUUAAAUUCUUCAUCACUCACUUCAUCCUGAAACCAGAAAAUGAGAACGAGAACGAGAGGGAGAAGCUUGAAGAAGAUGCGUUCCCUUCAGCGAUGCAGGACCUUCUGUGUAUGAACAAUGAUUUCCCUCCUCGAGUACACUGCCUGGUUAGAUGGUACGGUAUGCAAGAGUUUGUCGUCAUCACUCCUGGAACAAACUGUGAGGCGAUCAUCAGCGAGUCAAAAUGCAACCUGCUGCUCAGUUCCGUCUCAAUUGCUCUCGCUAACAGCGGCUGCCAGGUGCCCAUAUUUGUGCAGAUCCAGCAAAAGUGGAGGCGGAUGUAUGCCGGGGAGUGUCAGGGUCCAGGUGUGCGUACAGAUUUCGAGAUGGUGCAUCUCCGUAAAGUGCCAAGUCAGUAUAACCACCUGUCUGGGCUGCUGGACAUCUUCAAGGCAAAGAUAGGUUGUAACUUGUCGCCUCUACCUCCAAUCAACAUUGCCAUUCGCUUCACCUACAUCCUCCAGGACUGGCAGCAGCAUUCAUGGCCACAGCAGCCUCCAGACUUUGACACUCUUCUGGGUGGUGAGGUUGGAGGAGUGGAGUUUGGAAAGCUUCCCUUUGGAGCCUGUGAGGAGCCGAUCAGUGAGCUUCAUCUUGCAACGACAUGGCCUCACCUGACAGAAGGUAUUGUUGUAGACAACGACGUCUACAGUGACCUGGACCCUCUGCAGGCUCCUCACUGGUCAGUCAGAGUUCGGACAGCUGAAAACCCUCAGUGCUUGCUGGGAGACUUUCUGACAGAGUUUUUUAAGCUCUGCUGCAGGAAAGAGUCGUUGGAGGAGGUUCUGGGGAGAGGACUGGUAGAAGAGGACAGCCAAGAAAACACGGACAUCAGCUCGGCUUUGUCAAAGCUCACAGAGCCGACAGCAACCGUUCCCAUCUCCAAACUCUCCGUCUCCAACAUGGUGCACAGUGCCAGGAAGCACAUCCGACGCCACCGCCGCAUUGAUGAGUCACCGCUCAGCAAUGAUAUCCUCAACUCUGUCCUACUGUGUCUUUUCCCAGAUGCUGCCGUGGAAAAGUCAUCAUCAGACAACAGCAAGAACAAACCUGCACAGUCCAACGCCUCUGGGACAGCCGAGCAAGAUAAAAACCCUGACUAUAAUCUAUUCCUGCAGUUGAAGUCCGCUCCCAUCGACAGCCUGACCUACAGACUCGCUCUGUGUAUUUGUCUGAUCAACUACAACCACGGCGGGCUGCGAGCUGUCGCCCACCUCUGGCAGGAGUUUGUCCUGGAGUUACGCUACCGAUGGGAGAACAACUACCUCAUCUACGGACUGGCAGGUGGACCUCCUGAUCUCCGCUGUUGUCUUCUGCAUCAGAAGCUCCAGAUGCUGAACUGCUGCAUCGAGAGGAAGAGGGCGAGAGAUGAAGCUCGCCGGGCGCAGGACGGGAGCAAAGAGAGAGAGCAGAGGGGGGCAGGGAGCAGCCAGAAUGGCCGUCCCACAUCAGACUCCACCAAAGAGGUGUCUCCUGGGAAAUCCUGGGAAUCAUGGAGCGACAGCGAGGACGAGUUCUUCGAGUGUCUGAGCGACCAGGGAGAGGCGGAGACGUCGCAGACUGAGGGAGAGAAGGAUGGCAGUAAAACUAAAGCAGAGGGACGACUGCACCCGUAUAAUAACAUGACUCUACUGAACUCUGCCGAGCCGCUCUACGUGCCCAUCACACAGGAGCCUGCUCCGAUGACAGAGGACCUGUUGGAGGAGCAGUCGGAGGUUUUGGCCAAACUGGGAACGUCAGCUGAAGGUUCUCACCUUAGAGCUCGCAUGCAGAGCGCCUGUCUGCUCUCUGACAUGGAGUCCUUUAAGGCUGCUAACCCGGGCUGUGUCCUGGAGGACUUUGUUCGCUGGUACUCACCUCGGGAUUACGUGGAAGAAGAGGUAGAGGAUGAGAGUGGUAACAAGGUAGUGAAAGGAGAGCUGAGUGCCAGGAUGAAGAUUCCAGGAAACAUGUGGGUAGAGGCUUGGGAGACAGCCAGAGUCACACCUGCACGCCGCCAGAGACGACUGUUUGACGACACCAAGGAGGCUGAGAAGGUUCUGCACUAUCUAGCGAUGCUGAAACCUGCAGACGUGACUCGUCAUCUCCUACCAUGCAUUCUCCACUCCGCCAUCCUGAAACUCAAAGACGAAGAAUCAAUAGAGGACAUCCCUUCAGUCAAAAAAAGCAUUCGACAAGCUACCAGUCAGGCCAGCAAGCUGCUGCACCCUCCAAACUAUGACUACAAGAAGAUAGAGGAUUUCAUUAACCAGCUGAACGCCAUGGAGACCGUAAUCACCCGGGCUCGCUCACUGAAGGCCAAGUUUUCCAUCUGUGAGGAAGAGAAGGGGGACGACACAGAGGAGCUCAAAAAAUUCGUGAGCCUUCUGCUGGAGGAGCCAGAGGUGGAGGUGAUCGGAGCGGGCCAGGGGCCAGCCGGAAGCAUCAUUCACAAAAUGUUCAUCAAUGCUCAAAGGCUGGCCGACUUUACCAGUGAUGAGGCUGCUCUCCUCUCAGCUCUGGAGGAAGACUUCAGCUCCGACAGACGGCCGCCUGGAGCCACAAACAAAGUGCCUGACUUCCCCCCUCCUGCCGGCCGGGAGAUCCUGCUGCGUACGUGCGUCCCUCGGCCCGCUCCGUACUCCAAAGCUCUGCCUCAGCGGCUCUUCUGCGUGCUGAUGAAGGAGGACUUCAGGCUGGCGGGGGCGUUCUCUUCAGACACCUCCUUCUUCUGAGACCAAAA